UCAGUAACCAUGGUUGGUGAAGGAAUCAAAAGGCCUCAAAUUUCAUUACCUAUACUGCAACCUCCUCGGACAAUCAAUGUGCAGAAAUAUGCUGAAUCCCGUGCCCUUGAGCUCCAUAGUCUACAAUCUAUCAUAGAAAACCGAGUAAACAAUGAUUAUAGGUCUCAAAGGAACAAGAGAAGAAGAACAACUGCAUUUAACAACCAAAUUGCAAGAAAAGGCCGUAGAAGAAAGAGGCAGAAAGUGGGAAUAGUGGGCAAAGCCUUUGCUAAAUCAGGUUUGGAGGAGGAUGAACUAAAGAAGCUUCCUCGGCGUGUUCGUCGAAGAUAUGAACUAAAGAAUAACCCAGAGAAUGGUUUUUGCACUUCUGGGGAUGGAACCAAGAGGUUGAGAACUCAUGUUUGGCAUGCAAAACGGUUUGCUAUGACCAAGCUUUGGGGUUACCAUCUUCCUUUAUGUCUUCAAGGAAGAGGGAAAGGUUCGAGGGCACUCUUGAAAAGGCUCAAAGAAGGGGUGCUUGUACACGAUGCAAGCUAUUACACUGCCCUCCAAUUGGAGGGUCCAGAGGACUCAUUGAUUUCAGUAUUGAGAUCGGUACUAGAACCCUCUCCAACAACUACACAUCCGGACUCUUUAAUCUCUGGUGUAACCUAUGGAAGUGCAAUGCUGCGUCAAGAUGGAGGCCUCAUUUGUCCACCCAUUGCUCCUGUGACCUAUAUAUGGCAACCAAUUUCCCAACAAAAUAUAAGUACACAGCUAGAUGAACAAAAUCAUUAUACUUCUUUUGGACAACAUGAUAUCGGUAAUGAUUCAAACAAACAUAGUGUUGAAUUAUGUGAAAAACCAGACAAAGUGAAGCAUGGUUCUCCAUUUAGACACCUUUGGGUGUGGAUACAUGCUUCUGCCUUUGAAGAAGGAUUUAAUAAUCUAAAAAUUGCCUGUCAGAAAGAGAUGGAGAAGACGGGCAUAUUAAUUAAUUGCUUUUCCCUUGAGGGUCAACUUGCAAAAUUAGAAUUAUUUGGAUUACGGGCAUUUCAACUUCUUCAAAAGAUACUUCAUCCUGUUGGAGGUAUUUCAGAGAAUCAUUGGCAAUUAAAGAAACAUAUAGUGAUUGAAGAAGGGUGUGUUUCUCAGAAUAGAAAUUCAACCACACUGAAAAAUGGAGAUAGUUUUUCUUCUUGUGCUAUGUUACCUCUGAAUGUUAAGGAUCCUCGAGAAUUGCCAUGGAAGAGAAAUGUUGUUCCAGUGGAGGACAUUUCAACUAAGACUUUGAGUGAUGCAUCGGAAACAAAGUGCAAAGAGCUUGCUGAACUGGGAGGAAUUUUGGAAGAGAACAAAGAUUUAUGUUCAUUAUCAUGGUCAAAACUUGAAGUUUGCCAGUCUAAUGUUGAUGAUUUAUGGUAUGCUACCACCAGAAGGUUGAGGCCCCCAGUGGAAGACAAUGUCCUUUCCAAGGAGAAACAUCAUGAACGAAUGAUUAAUUUCUGCCUUGUUGAUACAGAUUCUGGACAUGGCAGCUCUUCAACUAAGGUGCAGAGCUCGAGAUCUUGCCCUAUUCUUCUUUUAAAAAAUGAUGUGAAGGAAUUGAGCAUUGGAUGGUCCGUUAUACUUCCCUUAAGUUGGGUCAAAGCUUUCUGGAUUCCGCUUAUCUCCAAUGGGGCACAUGCAAUAGGUUUGCAAGAGAAGCAUUGGAUUACAUGUGAAAUGGGGCUACCAGUUUUCCCUUCAGAUUUUCCAGAUUGUAAGGCAUACUCUUGUUUAAUGGAAGAUAAAGAAGCUGCAUUUAAUAAAAAAGAAGAACUUCGUCCUCCAUCCAUAAGGCAUUUGAGAGUUCCCAUCCAAACUCCAUGGGGUAUCGUUCGCAUUACUUUUGACAAAAUGAUUAGUUCAAUGAAGACUCCUGAUCUUUCAACAAGGGAAGAUUUGACCAACUUCAGUUCAUUACCAAAUCCUUACCCUGGUAGCUUUAAAAUCUCAAACUCUGACUCUUGGAGUAAUUCGUUUAAUGGAACUGUAGUUAGGACAGGUUCUUUGCUGACCACAUUCCUCCAUGAAACCAAAGUCGGUCAGUUGUUAUUGUUUCCUUAUGCAACAGAUGGAGAGGCUAGAAUCUCCAAGUUUAUUAAUGGAGAAUUAAAGCUUGAUCCAAGGUAUACAAGCUCUGACAUAUGUGACCAUAAGCCAUCUUUUCUAAGAGUUCAUCUUCGUCCAUUCAAGGAAGGUUGUUUUGAAGAGGGUGCAGUUAUUUGUGUACCAUAUCCUUCUGACAUAUUUUUAUGGACUUCAAGUUCAGAGAUAAAUGAAGAGGGACUUCAAAUGUCUCAGUCUGCUAUGCGAUUAUACUUCAAAGAACAUUCCUCUGGUAGAUGGGAAAUGCAGAUACCAGAUGAUUCUAUUGCUAGCAAAUCUCACCGGUGGCCUAUUGGCUUUGUCACAACAGGAUCUGUUCAAGGAAGCAAGAGUCUUUUAGCUGAGGGCUUUUGCGAGGCUGUUUUACUAUCUCAUUUAAGAGAGGAACAGUGGAAGGAGAUGCCUAUGAAAAAGAGGAGAGAAAUAUAUGUACUUGUCAGGAAUUUGAGAUCUACAGCUUAUAGACUUGCUCUUGCCUCUAUCAUUCUUGAAUACAAGGAAAAUGACAUUGAGUUCUUGUAAAGUGUUUUUAUGCUGGAUUGAACGGUGCAACUUACAUUUCUAUAGUCAAAUAGGCAAAAAUUUCCAUACAAGAAAAGAGGAAAGUGAAGAAGAUAUCUUGAACUUUUAUGUAUCUUCAGUAUAAUCUAGACAUUUUAAAUUAUCCAUUCCUGUAACUACUGCCCUUUAGCCCAGCAACUUGUUCAUUAGUUUUUGUAAAUGUUGCUAAUGUUAUGUUGCUGUGCUCCUAUAUUAACGAGGGCCUGUUUCAUGCAAAAAGUUGUUAUAAUUAUUGAGAAUUGUCUGCUUUUGUUGGAAAACUAAUAACUGUACUGAAAAAUAACCUAAAAUAUACUAUUAAACACAGGGAGGAUAAAGAUAAACAUUUAUAUUUUUUAUUUUGAUAAAAGGAGGAAUAUACU